GUCCCUACCAUGCACCAUAAAGCGAUAAAGCUGCAGUAUACAUCGAGACUGAUCGCGGCGUCGUCACAAAACGCACAUAAGGACCUGGUUACUCCGAUGAUGUUUAUCGGCGCUUAUGAAGUUGGGAACGCCGACACGCUGACACUCAGUUAGAUGUCCCCACCGGACUUUCGUAGACACAUCUGUCAAAAAGAAACUGGAACCUAACAGACAAAUUCAAUCAUAGUUCCAAGCCCUAUGAGCUCAAUAAAUAGAGAUCCAUUGUUAAGUAACUAUAAGAAAAUUAGAAUGGAAUAAUCCUAUGGAUGAGUACAGAAUUACGUGAAGCGACUGUGAAAUGAAUUGAAAAAAUUUGAAGUUUGAAUGCUGAGGGCAACCUGUAGGCAUUUGAAGAAUAAAUGAUUGGUCACAAUGUUUUGUAUAUUGGAGCCGAUAUUUAGAAAGAUUUACAUAUUAUCGACAAAGGUGAAACUAAAGUAUUUGUGUUUCGGUUUUAUAUUCGUUGCAACGUUGGACUUCUUCGGGGUGUUCACCCAUGUAUUCGAAGCAACGUAUGAUGAAACUUUCCUGUACCCUUAUGAGGGGGACAUUCACGAAUUCGUUUCACAGCUUCGUCACAACGAGAAACCAGACAUGGAUCCCAUAAAUCAGUACAAUUAUUCUUUCUUGCACAAUAUCAAAGAAAAGUGUUUCGAUAGUGAGUAUGGCAAGCUACGUAUUGUGUUUCUUGUAAAAUCAGCAGUAGAAAAUUUUGAGAGAAGAAUUGGUAUUAGGAAUUCAUGGGGAUUUGAAAAACGGUUCUAUGAUGUGCCUACCAGAACAGUAUUUCUCCUUGGACAGCACCCUGAGAGUCCAGAAAUCCAGGCCAAAGUUAAAGUAGAAGCUGCAAAAUACAAGGAUAUUGUACAGAUUGAUUUCAUAGAUGCGUAUUUUAACAAUACGAUUAAAACGAUGAUGGGAUUUAAAUGGGUCACUAAACAUUGCUUGAAUUCAAAGUUCUACAUGUUUGUUGACGAUGAUAUGUAUAUCUCCGUCAAAAACAUUCUCAGAUUUGUCAGGCAUCCAACUCGCUAUCCUGAUUAUCUGAAGGAUCAAAAGGAUUUUAAGAAUCUAAACCGAAUGGGAUUAGACCAACACCAGAGACGUGGUCGUAGGGCAACUGCAAGGGAAAAAAUAAUGACUAGAAGAAAGCCUGGGUGGAAGACUCACAAUAAAACAAAAUAUCCAGAUGUAAGUACGGAUGUUUUUAAGGGACUGGAAUCAGAGACAGCUAUUUCAUUGCCAAACACCAGAGUCAAGAGACAAAUUUUUGAUUUUGAACUGCCAGAAGAUGUUCGAUUGUUUGCUGGCUUUGUUUUUACCUCUUCACCACAUAGGCACAAGAGUUCAAAGUGGUACGUUUCUCUUGAUGAGUAUCCAUACCAUCUAUGGCCACCAUACAUUACUGCAGGAGCAUAUAUUUUAUCCAAGGAAGCCUUGUUGGACAUGUAUUACACCAGUUUCUAUACUAAACACUUUAGAUUCGACGAUAUUUAUUUAGGUUUAGUAGCUAAGAAGGCAGAUAUCGAGCCAUUCCAUUGCGAUGACUUCUAUUUUUACAAAAAAGAUUACACAAAGUUUAACUACAAGUAUGUGAUAGCCUCCCAUGGAUACGGAGAUCCAAAUGAACUUAUUAGAGUGUGGAAUGAGCAGAAGGCCAUGGGCUAUGCUUAGAAAUUCACUCAACUUUGAACAAGUAUUUUUCAUCAGUUAUAAUCAAGGAGUUUCUACUAACUGAGAUCUGACUAUCAACCUGUGCCUAUCGUUUCAAAUGUCUUAGAUCUAGCAUGGAAAAGUAAGAGUCCUUUAAUAUUAAAACACUUGAUCAGUUUUCAUUAGAUUGUCAUUUUUAAUAAUAUUAUUGUCAUGAUUCUUUCUAUUGGUAAUCUCACUUAGAAUAAUUCAUAAUAUGAAGUCUUGUAAUCGUAUUAAAUUCAGUACAAAAAAAGUCUCAGAAAUAUACCAACUAGAUUCCUAAGAAUUAAUUUUAUAAAUCUCCUCGUUGUUAAACCAUACGAAACCCAUUUUUAAUAUCUCAAGCUUAUUGUUGUUGAUAUUGUUAUUAUUCAUAAGGAAUAAAUCGCUCUAUUUCAAGACUAAUAAUUAGUUGAAAGAUGAGCGUCAUUAAUGUAUCAAAAAUUAUAUUUAUUGAAGUUGUACAAUUUCUCUUGCACUCCCAGAUCAACAGAUGAGCAAACAGAGGUACGAAAUACAUACACACUUUAAUAACUACUAGACAAAAGCUAGGCCUUGUAAUAUAAAUCGUAUGUAAAACGUCGCCAACGAAUAACCAUGUAGAGAUUGAAUUCAGCUGUAGAUACGAUAAUUUACGAGUAUUCAAAAUACAUAUUUACAAUUUUGUACUUGGUGUAUAAUUAUAUGUGCAUGCAGGUAUAUACAUUCAUAUAAUAUACAUAACGUAUCUUUUGCAGUCUUCUCAUGGAUAGGUUUUUUAAGCGUAUCAGUAGACGAAGACACUGAUGUAUUUCAGAAAAUAAUAAAUAUGGGAAAAUCAAUCUGUA